UAUGGCACAUGAGAUGAGAACUAACUGACGUUUAGUCGUAUCGAAAACGAAACCUGACCACAGUGGUGUGGCUGACAUUGAUUCCUGUGGAGCUUUAGUAACACGAACCGUUACCCCCCCUCGGCGUCACUCAGCCAUGGCACUGCAAAUAUCAGCUCUAUUUUCAUACAUCAGAGCUCCACUGUGCACGAGCUCUCUGUCCCGUGCCCGUGCUGACAUCCAGGGAGCCGGUGUCAAGUUCAAACACAUUUUAUCUUCUGGAAGCCCCCAGCUGGGAACGGGGCCAGCAACAAGUCCUGUCCGCGGCCAUAUUAACGCUGCCCUCCGAGCUGAGAAGUUUUCAACGACAACCACAGCAGCACUUUGGAAGUCCAGCCAGGGGAAGGCUUCCUCCUCAGCCCGGGGGAGGAGAGGUUGGCUGGGUAAGGUAGCCCUCGGUGCCGCCCUCGGAGUGAGCACAGUCGGGCUGCUCCAGGGUCUCCACACCGGAACCGUCACCGCCAUGGCCUUCAAAGUUAACCUGAACUCCGCUGAGGGAGACUGGAAGGAGACCAAGGACUUCUUGCUGUCUCUGUCUGUGAAGGACAGGCGUCAGCACUACAGGACGUCUGACUUUGUGCCACUGGAUCAAGUCUCUGUGUGGACUCCCACUGCAGGCAGUUCUGGAAAACCUUUCUACCCGAGGAAUGACAAGUUGGACCAGAAGAUUUCCCUCUACAGCGGUGACAUCACCAAGCUGGAGAUAGACGCUAUUGUCAAUGCAGCCAACAAGAGUCUGCUCGGCGGAGGUGGAGUGGACGGAGCGAUCCACCGCGCUGCAGGUCCACUGCUGAAAAAAGAGUGUGCUUCCCUUCACGGCUGCGAGACCGGAGAGGCCAAGAUCACCUGUGGCUACGGCCUCCCAGCAAAGUAUGUGAUCCACACUGUGGGGCCGAUUGCACAAGGAGGAGUGGGAGAGGGAGAGAAGAAAGCCUUGAGGUCAUGCUACAAGAACAGCCUGAACACAGCGACCAAAAACGCUGCACGCACUGUGGCUUUCCCCUGCAUCUCCACUGGAAUUUACGGAUAUCCACCUGAGCAGGCUGUGCACGAGGCGUUAGCUACUGUGAGGGAGUAUCUGGAUGAGCAUCACGACAAGCUGGACAGAGUCAUCUUCUGCGUGUUCUUGCCGACGGAUAGGGAGCUGUAUCUGCAGAACCUCCCGCUCUACUUCCCUGCUGCCUGACCAGUGACAACAGCUUAUUGUUCAGCUCCCACAGAGGCCACAGUGAAGAGUAAACUCUGAGAGAGUGGAUUUGUCAGUUGCUGUGGAUACACACCACUACGCUCAACAUCCAGAUGCCUCCUCUUCGCUGUUGUCGCAGAUCAAGACUUCUUCAGCAGGAAGAUAACUCCUGAAUGAAUGAUUGCUUUUUUUUUUCAAGUGCAAACUGGCUGUUCUGCAGAUGUUCAUUAGUUCCUCUGUUUUUCCCACAAACUGUAGCGGUGUCUCUUUGGUGAAGGUGUCAAAUGAUAAUUCUUGUGGAAAAUGGACAUUAAGCUGCACUCUAGCUUGUAUUGUCUGUGAUCAGCUUUGCAUUCAGCUUUGAUUUAUGUGUCUUGUGCUAUUUGAAUAUUGGGAUUCCGGUGUGUGUGAGACAAUUGCAAAAGCUUAUUAAAACGAAUCACACAGGC